UUUUGUGGAAUGCUUUGCCCAUGCGCUCACACUUGUUCUGGACAGCUCACCAAAGCAAGAUGGCGCGUUUGAAGGGCACAGGGGGUAAAGUAGGUAGACCCAGAAAAAAAGAUAAACCAAUAACUAAAUAUGGGUCUAAAGUAACCAAGCACAAAGAAAGACUACCAAGAAAACUGGUUAUCAAACCCCAAGUUAUUUCAGUGCGUAGAUAUCGAGAGAUCUUUGGCGACUCGGACGAUGAGGAGAAGGAAUUCUACGGAUUUCGUUCAGAGGAUCUUGGGCUCAUUGCUUAUCGCAAUCUUUCUUCGGGAGCCAGCAGUUUAUCCCGAAGUUUUUAUACCGAUUCUAAACAUGGCGUCUCUUCGUCACGCACUUUACUGUCAAGGAACUCGCCUCAAAAAUUGCUACCUGUUACUCCAACUAAAUCCUCUGGAUCGCUAGAUGAAGGAAAAGGCCCCAAUGGAUCACCGUCUGCGAACAUAUAUGCAAAGCAAUACAAGAAGAGAGACACUUAUGAGAGGAAAUAUUCGCCGCUUUCCAAAAAUCGAACGUCUUUCGAGAAACUAAAAGGCGAAGUAUCUCCUAUGCUUAAAUCUACUCCUCACAUCAAAUUUAACUUUGCUGCCAGAGGUGGAAAACCGAGAUAUGAAUCUCCACAGAACGAAGGAGAUAAGAAUGAAUUAUCGGAGACAACAAAUGCUGUUGUUACUGCAAAGCGAACCACUGCAUCUAUGGCCCAAGUACUGCUAGCGAAGGCGAGAGGCAGUAAAUUACAACAGCUCAAAAAGCAACAACAAGCUAACAUCGUCAGAUCUAAUGAGAGCACUGAACAGCCUAAACAACAGCUUGAUUCAUCCCAAGUUCGCUCAAGAUCGGGCCGUGUUGUAAAAGCUAAAAAACUUGAUUAUGACGAUGUUAUAUCUCCUAAAUUCGAGCCCUUGAAGAAAGAGGAUAAUUCGAACAAAAUAUCAACACAAUUACUAUCGGUGAAGAGGGAAUUAGAAAGUGGUGAAACGCCACCAUCCAAAAUACAACGAUUGGAAUUACCAGAGCCAGAUAAAUCGAUAAAUAGCAAAGAUUCUUUGAAUCAUGUGGAAGAAAAGCCAAGAAAGGUCCACAAAGUAAGAUUAAAACAUGCCACAGUACCAGUAGAAGGAAAAGAAGCACCCCAAAACAAUGUAAUGAAGAGUCGUCCAAAAGUGAGAAUAAAAAACUGUGUUGUUGCUCAUUCGUCUGUAUUUGAGAAGGCACUAUUCCCAGAGGAGAGUCUCGGCAAAAAAUACAAAAAGAAAACACACAGUUUGUCUGGAAAGAGUGAUAGUGAAAAUUUAUCUGACAGUUCUGCAGGAAAGCCCAGAAUGGCAAGGGCUGGUGCAAGACAACUAUUUACUAAAGAAAAGUUUUGUGAUAAAGAACAACAUUCCGAUGAGGCAGACAGCGAAACAACAAGAAAGAAGAAAGUAUACAAGUCCAGACCGCUGCAAAAGGCAGAGGAGAAGGAAAAAGAGAGUGACGGAAAUGUUGAUACUGAAAUAGAAGAUGAGAUGUCAGACCUAUGUCAAGGGAAACGCAAAAGAGGAGAGGAUGGAAAAAGAAAACAGAAGAUAGUGAGGAAAGAUUCUGAAAACAAAGAUACCAUGGAUAAGAAAGUUGGAAUUGAAGAUUCAGGGGGUGAUGAAGAGGAUGGUGGCGAAUCAUCUGGUCAAAACUCUGAAAGCAGUAGCCCAGAGAGCAGUAAUGAAGAGAGCAGUGAAAACGAUGAGGAUGAGUGGAAACCGGAGCCAUCAAACAAACAGUCCAAACCCAAGCGUAAAUAUGUCAGGAAGUCAGCUCCUGUUGAGAGUGACAGCUCUGAUGACGAAGAUAGCAACAAACCGCUCGCUGUCUUGCAGCAAGAGAUCAAGGAAAGCCCUGAGAAGGUAGUCACAAAAGUCAUAAGAGUGAUGCGAAAAGUCAAGCUAAAAAAUGGAGAGAUCAAGAAAAAACUUGUUAAAGUCAUCAGGAAAGUUAGAACUAUAAAGACUGAGGCUGCAAUAGUUCCUGGAAAGCGCAGGCGGCGGUGUGGCGAAUGUGAGGGUUGUGUGGUUGAAGAGGACUGCGGAAAAUGUGUCUUUUGCAGGGACAAGCCAAAGUUUGGUGGACCUGGCGUGAUGAAGCAGGCAUGCUCCGCAAGGAAAUGCAUAAACCCCCAGGCCCCUGGUAAAAAAGUAAAAUCAAAAGCAAAAUCUUCCAAAGCCUCCAAAACCCCAAAACUAUCUAAAGUAAUCAGGGGUCCAAAAGCAGGCAAAGAAAAGGUGAAAAAGAAGUCUGACAAGAAACCUGCAAAGAAGACUCUGCAGUUGAAAAAGAAAGGAAAAUCGAAAGAAAAACACAAAGUUGAUGAGAAAGAGGACGAGAUGGAAUCCAAGCCACCUAAGUCUCUUCCACUUAUCAGAACCCGACCCAUACCAGUCAGCAAUAAGCACCUGGUCCAGCUGUCGUGGAGCGACAAUGCUUCUGAGGAUACCAUCUGGAAGGGUGGGUUUGCUGUGUGUUUUACCACAGGGGCCCCAGAGUUGCUGCAUGAUUUGUGCUACUUGUGUGGCAGUGCUGGAAAAGACAAGAUGUUUUUCUGCAAAGUGUGUUCUGAGCCUUUCCAUGGCUUCUGUCUGGAUGAAGAGCCGAUUGAUGAGGAUUCCUGGUGCUGUGACAGCUGUAGUACGUGUGUCGUAUGUGGCCAACAAGACAAGCUGCUGAUGUGUGACAAAUGUCAGCGAGGUUACCAUGUGGACUGCCUAGGCCCUAGUUACCCUGUCGUACCAGAGGGUUCAGAGGAUACUUGGAUUUGUGGUCGUUGUGCACAGUGCAAACUCUGUGGAAGCAAAAGUGCUGGAGAGGAUCCAGAAGCCGUUUGGAUGCAUGAGUUCACCCACUGCUAUGACUGUGGCACAGCAUGGGAUAACGGCAACUACUGCCCAAUAUGUGAGAAGUGCUACUCAGAUAAUGACUUUGACUCGAAGAUGAUGCACUGCAACGACUGUCAACACUGGGUGCAUGCAUCAUGCCAAAACAUCAACCCAGAUGAAUAUGAGUGUCUCUCUGAUCUGCCAGACUCUAUUCCAUUUGUCUGCAAGCUCUGUUGCCAGGAAGAAAACCCAAAAUGGCUGCAAGAGAUGCAGGAGGAAAUGCAGGCAGGCUAUCAAAGGGUUAUUGAUGAGGUUGAAAGUUCUAGAGGAUACCAGCCACUCAUUGGAUACUUCAGCCAGGUUGAAUUUGAAAAUGGAACACCCAAAGAUCUGGAUGCUGUACGAGCUAAAGUAAAGGAGAAUGCAUAUCGUGUUGUGGGUGACUUUUGCCAUGACAUGUUGCUGAUUCUAAAUAAAGUUUGCAAAAUUACGGGUAACCAACCACUGGUCAGAAAUGCAGCUGUGCUGUAUGAAGUCUUCAUUAAAGAAGUAGGUGCUAUGUUUCCAUGGCACAAGAUCAAAAGUGUGCAAGACUCUACCACAACUGAGACCGUAAAACCAGAAGAGGAUAUAAAACAAGAUGUAGUGCCUGCUCCAGUGACUCUCAAACCAUGCAAUGGUGUGGUUGGUGAGCCAAUUGACAUGAUGGGCUGGGAUCACUUGUACAGUGCAGUUCCAUCAUUAGAACAGUUGCAAAAACAGCAAGAUUCGCAAGAGAAAGCCUUUGAGCAAGAACAAAAACUAGAACAAAACCAGGAGAAACAGGAAAACGGAAAUAAGAAAACAGACAACAAAGGAAAUAAUGAAGCGGAAAUGGAUGUUGAUCAACAUAAAGAAGAUCCCUGCAGUGAAGAAAAGCUUAACAGCACAAUUCAAGUUCAGACUUCAGAGCCAACUGAGGCCAAGAAUGAAAGUCCAUCACAACAGCCAAUCAAUGGGAAAGACUCUCCAAAACAGGGAAAUAUCAAGAGCUCUGGUGUAACGGUAGCUAGGAAAUCAAACAAAAGAAACUCAAAAAUUAUCCCAAAAAAGCCUGUCCAGGAAAUCACUAAUGGUGACCAGGUGACAGAUACCAGGAAAUGUCAGCUAUGUAAUCGACUUGGUGAUGAUGAACCAACCCGAGCAGGGCGUCUACUGUACAGUGCCCUGGACGAGUGGGUGCACAUCAACUGUGGGUUGUGGUCGGCUGAGGUAUUUGAGGAUGACGAGGGCCGUCUACAGAAUGUCCAGGCAGCAGUCACCAGGGGGAAGAUGAUGAAAUGUGAAUUGUGCGGAGAAGCAGGAGCAACUGUUGGCUGCUGUGAGAAUCGUUGUCCCAUGAACUACCACUUUAUGUGCGGGAGGGAUGCUGAGGCAGUGUACCAAGACGAUAAGAAGGUUUAUUGUGCGCAGCAUUCAUUCAGAGCAAAGGAAGAUCUUGUGCUGAAAGACAAACAGUUCCAUGUGGAAAGGCGAGUCUGUGUAGACAUGAGCAGAGUUCGCACGAAGGGAGCCGGCCUUAAGGGAGCUGAGCCACACGCCAUCCAACUCAUGAAAGGAUCCCUGAGGGUGGAGAGUCUAGGGAAACUGACGGAGUCUUCAGACCUCAAGGCAGGGGUCUUCCCUAUCGGCUUCAAGGUUAGCCGUCUGUACUGGAGCGUGCUUGAGCCAACUCGUCGGUGUCGUUACUACUGUACCAUCACAGAGAAACCUAAGGAGAUCAAGACUUGUGCGGAGGAUACUUCCGGUAUGGCGAAUACAGAGGAAGACACACAGCAUCACGUUAUCGAACAUGACAUCAAGGAACCGCCCAGUACUAACGCCAAUGAUAAGUGUAAAUUAAAAUCAGAUUCGGCAAAAGAGAAAAACAAUGAAAGGACUACUCAUAAUAAUUAUUUGAUGAAUUCCACGGAUAAAGCAGAUCCGAAUAAAUCAACUGAAAUUACGAGGAUUCUAUCGGGGUAUAAACAGAUCUUACCAUCAACGCCCCCGUCUCCAUUCUACAAAUCCUACGCUUUAACGAACUCUUCGCCAUUAUCUUCACCGCGCAAAAUUCUUCCGAAUAUCCAACAGACUGUCCAAUUCCCAGCCCUGUACAAUACUCACACAGGACCGAAUAAUCUAUCCUCUCUAACCCCCUCUAAGGCACCCCAGGUGCUGUCUAAGGGGGGAAGUGCCAGGAAGGGCAAGGCAAAUUCGGAGCAAACUAGUGGACACACGCAGAGGCAAAGAAAGCCGCGGAAGGGAUCGCUAGCCGAGGAAAUAGCUAAGGCUUCGAGUACCCGUAUUGUAGUAUGUACGGACGAGAAUUGUCAGUUCUCCACCAAAUGCCGUGAUAGACCUUUAAUUGAAUGGAAGGAGGAGAAGCCAAGUAAGAGUUUGGAUCCUGACUUUGACGGUGCCAAUAUUCGGUUUGUUAUUACUAACGACGAUGGACUGAGGAUAGAGGCGGAUUCCCAUAAAGUUGCUUGGCGGAUGAUAUUCGAUUUGGUUCGGGAUUCCCGCUCCUCGCACUUACUAAAGGAUUUGCCGUUUAUUGGUGUGAGUGACCGCUGCAUGAUUGGCGUGACGGACGAGCCUGUUACGUACAUUCUGGAGCAAUUGGCUGAUGCCCACCUAUUGAGAAACUACCGCUUCCAGUACAACCCUCCAUUCGGCACCAACGGCGAGGAUGGACUUGUGGAACUUAAAGAAAAUCCUACUGGUUGCUGUAGAACGGAACCUCACCAUCGAAGGAAAAAGAUGUAUGACAUGUUUGCGUUCCUGGCGUCCGAGUACCGAACUCCCCCACAGCUGGACGACAAUUACGACGAGCUGGAAGCUGCAGAACAGGCGUGGGGGAACAUGACGACCAUCAAGCGACCGACCACCCUGGACCUGCCCAUGGCCAUGCGCUACCGACAUCUCAAACAGAACAACUACAACAAGGGCACCAUCGCCGUAUUCAGGUCUGGUAUUCACGGUCGUGGUUUGUACUGUACGCGACAUAUCGCCGCUGGUGAGAUGGUGAUAGAGUACUCAGGCAUGUUGAUAAGAUCCACGCUGACGGACAAGCGAGAGGCCUACUACGAGAGCAAGGGGAUUGGGUGUUACAUGUUCCGUAUUGAUGGAACAUACGUUGUGGACGCCACAACCUCUGGGAAUGCAGCUCGCUUCAUCAAUCACUCGUGCGAGCCAAACUGCUAUUCCCGGGUUGUUACCAUCGACGGAAACAAGAAGAUCCUUAUCUUUGCUUCUAAAAGUAUCUCGCGAGGUGAAGAGCUUACCUAUGAUUACAAGUUUCCUCUGGAGGACGAGAAGCUGCCUUGUCAUUGCAAGUCCAAACGAUGUCGGAAAUAUCUGAAUUAAUCAAUCUUGUACAGCAAUCUCGAAUCACUCUCUAUGCUUGGAGCCUCCUCGUGACGGGCAGCCUAAGGGCAUACAACAACACGUCACGGUCAUGGUGCGUUACGUCCCUGGUCUAUUAUCUCAUGGCAUUUCGCGUCAUACAAAAUCGCAUUCAGUCACGCAACAGCACGACUCGUUACGGUGAAUUAUCGUCACCAGGAUAUGAUCACGUCCUGUCCCGUUGGACCAUGCGGGCAAGCUCGCGCUGCGUCACGGGACUUCGCGUCACGCAAUACCGCGUUCAGUCACGCUCGUUACGGUGAAUUAUCGGCACCGUGAUAUGGUCACGUCCAGUCUCUAUGGACCCUGCGGGCAAGCUCGCGCUGCGUCACGGGACUUCGCGUCACGCAAUAUCGCGUUCAGUCACGCUCGUUACGGUGAAUUAUCGGCACCGUGAUAUUGUCACGUCCAGUCUCUAUGGACCCUGCGGGCAAGCUCGCGCUGCGUCACGGGACUUCGCGUCAUAAAGUAGCGCGUAAGGUCACAGCUUGUUGUAGCUUCGCGGGGAUAUAACAACGUACAAUGUGCAGAACAGUGUUACACCAUUGUGUGGGGGAUAUAACAACGUACAAUAUGCAGAACAGUGUUAGACCAUUGUGUGGGGGAUAUAACAACGUACAAUGUGCAGAACAGUGUUACACCAUUGUGUGGGCAAGUUCGCGCUACGGUAUGGGACGUGCACCAGCUAUUCAGUCUUAGCAGAACAGUCAUCUUAGGGCUUAUAUCUGAGAGAGUUUCACUUGACUUCCGACUGACGCAAUUGCAAGGGUGUAUCAUCCGUGUUGAUAAAGGGAUCACACAUAAAUCAUAGCGGGUCAUAAGGGAUCACACAUAAAUCAUAGCGGGUCAUAAGGGAUCACACAUGAAUCAUAGCGGGUCAUAAGGGAUCACAUGAAUCAUAGCGGGUCAUAAGGGAUCACACAUGAAUCAUAGCGGGUCAUAAGGGAUCACGCAUGAAUCAUGCAGGUCAUAAGGGAUCACACAUGAAUCAUGCGGGUCAUAAGGGAUCACACAUAAAUCAUGCGGGUCAUAAGGGAUCACACAUAAAUCAUGCGGGUCAUAAGGGAUCACACAUGAAUCAUAGGCAAGUCAUAAGGGAUCACACAUGAAUCAUAGGCAAGUCAUAAGGGAUCAGAUAUGGAUAAUUUCUGAAUGUGUGAUAGUGACGUCAUAACAGACGUGAUAGUGACGUCAUGUGUGAUAGUGACGUCAUAACUGGUCAGCGGAGUUCCCCAACUGAUUUGUCAUCACAGGGCACAAUAGUAUCUUUUCUUCUCAAAAAGCUUUCCGGGUGACAAAACAAUUGUAAAAUUACAGGAGUCUUUCUUUAUUAAGCACAUGGCUGUGGAGCAAUUCUCCUUUGCUUGUCGGCCAUGGUGAGGCCAGUCUCUCCAUUUUAUACCAUUUCAAUAAUUCAUCUGCCCCGCUGAAAUAUAAUGGACCAAGAGCAAAUGGUUCAUCAGUGCUCUCAGAAUUUGACUUGGAUGUUGCUCACUCUUUGCAACAAACUCUUAGUUCUGACAUAUUUCCCGUGGCCAACAUCCAUCGCGAACUGUGUGGUCAAAGAGUUUGUUUCGUUUUUUAGCGGGGUAAAUGUUAAAUAAUACCACAUUUUGAUAAAGAUAAAUAAGUAAUUGAAAUAACUUUCGUGCAUUUAAUUUAUUAUCUUUGCUAGCGCAAAACGCUUUGUAUAGAAAUCUCAAAUAUUAUUGGGGCAGUAUGAAAAGCUACCCCUAAUAUAUUUACAAUUUAGAUUUGUAUAUUUUCAAUGUCCUAUUUUGUAUCGUGUGACAAAAUUGUCUAUGGCAGAAGGAGGAGUAAUAAAGUGUUUCUAUUUAAAAA